UUGAUCGUGGCCGUCGACGGUCGCAUCGACGGCAGCAAUUCCCAGGAAUUCCAGGACGGAUUCGAGAAAACGGUCGGCGACGACGAGCGCGCGGUGGUCCUGGACAUGGGCAAGCUUACCUACAUCAGCAGUUCGGGCCUGCGGGCGACGCUGCUUCUCGCCAGACGGCUGCAGCGGCAACAAGCCAAGUUCGCCAUCUGUUCGCUCUCGCCGUCGAUCAAGGAAGUGUUCGAGAUCAGCGGUUUCGACCGCAUCAUCCAGGUGCACGCGUCCAGGGAGGAGGCGAUCCAGGCGGUGAGCGCCUGA